UCCAGGAUCACAUGGAAGAUGGUAUAAAGCAUCAGGACACAGGGAUGUACAAAGGAUCUGCGUAUUCUGGCUACCCUUUCCUAAUGCUCUCAGACCCUUAUCUUCCAAAUGGAUCUAUGUCACCUUUGUCUAACAAGGUUCCUGUAGUGCAGCCGUCCCACGGAGUCCAUCCACUCACCCCCCUCAUUCCAUACAGCAACGAACAUUUCAGCCAUGGCUCCCACUCACCACACCUGCCAGCCGACAUCAGCCAGAAACAAGGUGUCCACCGUCCUUCCCAAACAUCGGAUAUCUCUAGUUUCUACUCCCUGCCUCCUGGUGGGGUUGGACAGAUAACACCUUCUAUGGGAUGGCAGAGCCAGUCUGUCUAUCCGCUCCCGUCAUGUGGAUUUAGACAGCCGUAUUCGUCAGCGCUCUCUGCUGGGGCUACUUUCUCCAGGUUUACACAUCCCCUGAUGCUGAGCUCUGGAAUGCAUACUACUGGAAUCCCUCAUCCGGCCAUCGUACCCCACUCUGGGAAACAAGACAUGGAUCAUUACGACCGGAGCAUGAAACCCCAACCAGAACCAAAGAGAGAGAAGGAAGCCAAGAAGCCCACUAUCAAGAAGCCCCUGAAUGCUUUCAUGUUGUAUAUGAAAGAAAUGCGGGCAAAAGUGAUUGCCGAGUGCACCCUGAAAGAAAGUGCCGCUAUCAAUCAGAUUUUAGGAAGGAGGUGGCACGCACUAUCACGGGAGGAGCAGGCCAAGUACUAUGAACUAGCCCGAAAGGAACGGCAGCUUCACAUGCAGCUCUAUCCAGGCUGGUCUGCUAGAGACAACUAUUCUUCAGGCUCUUCAGCCCGUGAACACACUCAGGUAUAUUCAGGGCCCCUGGAAUUCUGCGGCACUUCAGGGCCAGUUUCUGCGGCAAGGGGGAAAAAGAAAAGACGAGCUAGAGAAAAGCAGCAAGACUCCAGUUCAGAUCCCGCCUCUCCUAAGAAAUGCAGAGCUCGCUUUGGCCUCAACCAACAAACGGACUGGUGCGGCCCAUGCAGGAGGAAAAAGAAGUGCAUUCGGUACUUACAAGGAGAAGGACGCUGUUCCAGCCCAAUUUCUUCCGAUGGAAGUGCUAUAGACUCCCCUCCCUCUCCUCUGGAUUCACUCCAAAGUAUAUCUUCUGCUUUUACUUCAGACAAGCUUGCUACAUCUGCUGAUUUCACACACAAAGAACAAAGCAAUCCUUUUCCCACCUCUAUUCAUGCUAAAAGUGCUCCAUGCUCCUCUGGACUGACCACUCGGUGCUCAUCCAUGCCACAUGUAUCCGUAGCAUCCAGCAACUCCUCAGAGUACAGUGUGCCAUCAACAGGAACAUAAUGCCACACUGUACAAGUCAACACUUACCAAUGCAUUGGACACUUUGCUUUUACCAAGUGGUUUUGCUGCCCAUUGAAAUAGACUGGAGGCCCAUCCAAACUACCCACCCUGCUGUAAAACUAUAUUCAAAGUCAUGGGGCAGCUGUGUCCUGAUCCCCAAAAUGAUUCGAAGAUGCUGGAAUUGUCAACUUUUUUAUCUGGAGCAAAGAUAGAAAAACGGUGUCUCCCUCCAUAGAAAUGCUGAAAGGAGAACUCACCAAAACUAAAAAUGCCACUCAGUAAAUGAAUCUUUCAUCCCCAUCCUGAGCUUCCUUUUAUUGCAUCACCUGUGCAAGUAGCUGAAAGUGAAAGAUAACUCCCUGGCUUGUUGCAGUAGAUGGUAGAUGCUAUAAAUCUUAAGCAUUGGUUUCUGUUUCUUGCAUCCCAAACAGCUUUGAAUUGUAGUUAGUCACAGCUCUCUUGUAGCUAUUUCACCAUGGAAUUAGGAAAGCUGGUACAGGAUCAUUUUUUUUAAAAAGCCCAUCUGUCUGAGAGCUAAAUCUCAGGCAGCUAGAUUUCACACUGCUGGCUUAGAAGAAAAAUGAAAUAUAGGCAAAGGUAGUGAAUAUUAUUAAACUUCAAGGACAGGAAAAUACUGUUUACAAGUAACAGGUCUUUCCAGACCUGUCAAGUUUCCUUGGUGUACAGAAUGUCAGACAAAAGAUGAGAGUGCUCACAAGACAGAAAAGGAAGUUUGGACUGGCUGCUUGAAGGUCUAUCUAGUCAAUGUUUCAUUGUUAUAGAGCCAAAAUAAUAUAGUAACAUCAAAUCAGGUGCGGAGUCCUCCUUGCUGCUCAGGUUGCUCACUGUAAACACUGGAGUGUCUGACUCCUUCACGAAAGGACCUUGCAAAGGCUCAAAAUUAGACCUCCUGUGCUAUUAAGCCAGUACUUUUACAAGUCUUUGCACAAUCUGUGCAACAGAGUCUGUGAGCUUAAUCAGCCCACUUGUUAAGUAGAGGCUGUAUGUAAGGGCAAAUCAUGGCCUGCUGCAUGGAGCUGAUGUAACUUGCAAGCCCCAGUGCACUCCCUCCCUUACUCACACACCUGGGCUAUGUCUACACUUGCGGCUUCCUGCGUGAGAAAUAUGCAACUGAAGCUAAGCGUGGAAUAGUGCCAAGUGUCAUUUGCAUACCUAAUGAGCCACCAUUUUGCAGAAGAGGCUCUUGCACCAGAAGGAGCUGUCUACACUGCCCCUUCUUACGCAAGAAAAACCCUCUUGCACAAUGCCGUUAUGCUGAUUAUUUUCAGGAAUAAUGGGGAAUAAGCCUUCUUGCGCAAGAGCUCUUCUACAAGAAGGCAGUGUGGACAGGCAACAGGGGUUUCUUGUGCAAGAAAGCCCUAUGGCUAAAAUGGCCAUCACAGCUUUCUUGCACAAGAGCAUGUCCACACUGCCAUGGGCGCUCUUGUGCAAAAGCGCAUCUCUUGCACAAAAGCACAUGGCAAUGUGGAUGCGUUCUUGCGCAAGAGUUUUUGCACAAGAACUCUUGCACAAAACAGUUCUUGCACAAGAAUCCUGCAAAUUAUUUCCUCUCCACUCCCAUUUUUAUCUAAUAGUGUCAAAUAUUAAUACAGUUUCUCCAUCUUCAAACUUAUCUACCAAGUUCUGAUAUUUUAUUUAUAUUUUAAGACAGGUAAACAAAAACUUCAGGGGCCAGAUUCUGAUCUCAAUUCCACUGAUGUAAAUCCAGAGUUACUCCACCAAUCUAUAGAGCCCUGCAAAUCUGUGGAUACCUGUGGCUCAUUUUUGCAGAUGCGGAUGCGGAUACAGAUAAAAAUUUUGUAUCCGUACAGGGCUCUACCAUCUAGCCUUACUCUAGCUUUACACUACUGUAACUAAGAUCAGACGCCAGAAACUUAUGGGUGUUUUCCUGCUUUACAAAAACAUUCUGGACUGAAAAGUAAAUUACCAUCAACCAUUGGGGGGCGCAGAGUCCUAUUAAACUAACAAAGUAUUAUAUAGGCUUGCAAGAAAUGUAAAAGGACCUCUAUAAUGUACAAAAUAUUUUUGUAUUUUUUUUUAAGGCAAUUUUUUACAUUAGAAUAAACAUACUUUUUAAUAGGUUUCUAUAUCCGAGAUUGAAGAUUAGAAAGCUGCUUAUACAAUAAAGCACUAUAGUUAUUGGGUCUCCCCUACUCCAUUUAGUUCCUUUUGCUUCAAGUUCCUUAGAUUUUUUCUGAAAAAAAAAUUGCAAGAAAAUCUAAAGCUACUGCUUUAUUAGUCUCACCUGUCUAUGCAAUGUAACCUGCACUAGCACUAAUGGAAGUUACAAGCAUAAAUCCAAAAGAGCCUAUUCAACCCUUAGACCACUGGCAUUGUCUGACCUGACCCACAUGUCUAUGUAAAAGCAUGUGCUGACAGUCACCACAGGGUUAGUUAUGUAGCACUGGAUCAAUAGUUGAAUGAUUUCAAACUUGGAAGACAGCAUAGACAAGUGGAUAAAGUUGAAGCAGGUGAUUAUAGCUGCAGUUUUGCCAAGGACUCUGUGAGCCUAGAAAAGUGUCUUCACUCUGUGCCUCCAUUUCCCCAUUUAUAAAAUGAGAAUGCUCAUCUUUUUUUCCAAGUAGAUUCUCAGCUGUAAGGUGCUGUAGAUGUGACUAAUACUAUUAAAACCACACGCUCGUGUUCAGCUGUAGUGUGGGUUAGUGGUUGGGUAUGUUAGUCAAAAAACUGGGUGUGACAAAUGAAACUUGCACCUACCUGAUAGGUUAUGGUUGUGCAAAACAAAUGUAACCUGCUCCCUCAGUAGACCUCACAGGAGGGUGCAAAUGCAUGGACAGAUUGGGCUAGCCAAAGCCACAGGAUGCUAGGGGGGAAAUCCUGCAGUAUGUCAACAGCACCUCUUGAUCAAGUGCCAAACACAAUUCUGAAGUAAACAGGCACCACUACCAUUGAUUUCAGCAUUCAGUAGGAGUUGCACCCACUUAGCAUUAAACUAACUGGGAUCCCAAAUGUGCACAGUAGUGUCUGACAUGGUCUAGGGCUGCACUGAAUUGGGAAGGGCUAUCUAAUAUCACAUUCUACUCUUAGUUGCUGUUCAUGGCCCACUACUGCAGGAGCUGCUCACUGGUACACUAUAGCCAUGUGCCCUUUCUGUGCUACAGCUUUUCCAUCCAAAAUGGACAAGUGAUAUUUGCAUACCAACAGAACCAGGAUGAUUACAUCCCUUUGCAAUCUACACCUAGGUUCUGACUGAUUGAUGUCCACUAUCACUAAAUGUGACCAUUAACCUCUAGCCUUGUUCUAACUUUAUGCACCAAAAAAAAAAA